AUGGUUCGGAACAUCGUUGUUAUCGGGGGUACUUCCCACCCCCAGCUCACCCAGACCAUCUGCAGCUUUCUGGGGAUCCCGCAUGCGGACGUCUUGCUUUCGAAAUUCGCUGUGGGUGAAACAAGAGUUGAGAUUAAAGAGUCUGUGCGUGGAAAGGAUGUAUACAUCAUUCAGUCUGGCGGUGGGAAGGUCAAUGACCACUUGAUGGAGCUUCUGAUCACCAUCUCUGCCUGCAAGACAGCAUCGGCGAGAAGAGUCACCGCCGUUCUUCCGCUAUUCCCCUACUCACGCCAAAGCGACAUUCCUUACAACAAAGUCGGAGCGCCUCUAAUUAAAGGGUCAUCAAACCCCAAGCCGGGCUCGAGUCUUGGCUACACCUUCGAGAGCACUCCUCCUACCCCACAUCCUGGAAAGCCAGAAAGCGGCAGCCUGAUCAACGGCGUGGAUAGCUUACAGAAAAGUCUUGCAAAGGCACAGCUAGAAGACCGGGAAGGCGGUUUCAGCAAUGGUAGUCCCGUCAAGAAACGUCCUGUCAACGGUCUUCCCCGCAGCGACACCCUUGACUCGACCAAGUCGGUGGUGCUGGGUGGCGGCGAUGACAAUACGAGCACAACCUCUUCUUCCUCCAAAUUGAACACCUUCCAGCCACGCCCCGGCUACAAGCAGUGGGUUGCACAGGCAGGAACUCUUGUUGCCGAUCUGCUCACCUGUGCCGGCGCGGAUCACAUCAUCACGAUGGACCUCCAUGACCCUCAAUACCAGGGAUUCUUUGAUAUUCCAGUGGAUAACCUCUAUGGAAGACCGCUUAUCAAAAGCUACAUCCAGCAAAACAUCCCCAACUACAAAGAAGCCGUGGUUGUUAGUCCGGAUGCUGGUGGUGCGAAGAGAGCCACUGCUAUUGCAGACUCCAUGGGUAUGGAGUUCGCUCUGAUUCACAAGGAACGCCGUCCUACAAGAAUUACGGACCGUCAAAACGCCACAAUGAUGUUGGUUGGCGACGUCAAGGACCGGAUAACAAUCCUGGUGGAUGAUCUUGCGGAUACGUCCAACACCAUCACUAGAGCCGCGAAGCUUCUCAAAAAGGAGGGCGCGUCGAAAGUCCUUGCGUUGGUAACGCAUGGCAUCUUGAGCGGUGACGCUAUUGAGCGCAUCAACGCCAGCGCUUUGGACAAAGUCAUUGUCACCAAUAGUGUUGACCAGCAAGAGCACCUGCGACGAUGCCCGAAGCUAGAGGUCUUGGAGGUUGGACACGUGUUUGCUGAAGCCAUUCGCCGUGUCCACCAUGGUGAGAGCAUCAGUGUCCUCUUCCAGUACGAUUAA